AUGCAUGGUCGCUUUCACGACGAGUCUGAUCCGGGUCAUGACACCGGCAUGCCUGUGACCAUUAUCACUGACCACAAGCCACUGGUUCACGUAUUUAUGCCGUCGUACAAGCUGGCCUCAGCUAGUCUCCGAGUACAGCGCCUGGUGUUGAAAGUGCAAGACUUGACCUUAACCGUGCAAUAUCGCCCCGGCAAGUUGAAUCACAUUGCUGACGCAUUGUCCAGGCUGCCGGCUGAGGAUGCUGACCCGAGUUUCCUUCUCGUCCAUGCUGUCACCGUGGCAGACGGUGUUUCAGCCCAUCGCCAGUUGAUUGCCAGAGAAACAGCGCGUGACUCCACUCUGUGCUCAGUGCGAGAUGCGCUGCGAUCGGGUAAAUGGCCGUCGGCGACAGAGCUCGCACCGUACCAAGCCCUUAGUUCGGAACUCAGCGUGUGGCCCUUUCCGAACUCGUCGGACUUUCUCAUUCUGAGAGGGGAAAGAGUGGUGAUUCCAGCAUCGGCAGCUCAACACGUACUGAACCUGGCUCACGAGGGACACCUUGGUCGAGACAGGACACUGGCUCUACUCAAGGAGACUGUGUGGUGGCCCGGUUGGAACACGGCAACUCGACAUUUCCUAGCCAGCUGUACACCAUGUGCGAUAGAAGCAGCUAUACGCCCAGUACCGCUGAAACCACGCGACCUACCUCCACAUGCCUGGCACAUAGUCGCUAUUGAUGUGUUUUAUUACCAGCAAAGCGCCUUCUUCAGCCUUCUGGACUUGUACAGUCGGUAUCCAGCAGUUGUCCGCUUACCAGCUGAGAAGACCAGGGACAUCAUCAAGGCGCUGGAACAGAUCUUCACGCUGUUCGGCAUGCCACGGCACGUCAUCUCCGACAACGGUGCACAGUUCUGCAGCGACGAGUUCCGUUACCAGCUUGAAUCGUGGGGCAUCAGCCACGAACGCACUGUGCCUUACACACCACGUCAGAACCCUGUUGAGCGUCUCCACCGGACCUUGAAGCAACGUAUGCGGAAAUCCGGCAUGCCACGAGCAGACGACACUCUUCGUGUGGCGCUCAAAGCUGUUCGAUCAGCUAUCAACACCACUACCGGCAAACCGCCGGGAGAUCUCCUACUACGAGGAGGUUAUCGUACUCCACUCAGGCAGCUUCAGCCAGUAGAUAACAUGGCUACUGCCGACGAUGACGAAGAGAUAGACGAGGAAGUGCGUGAACGCGAUGCUCAGCACAAGGCAGCAUCCAAGGUGACUUUCGACGCAGCUCACCAAGCAAAAUCCCGCACCUUGGUGCCUGGACAAGCAGUGUUUGUCAAGCAACCCUCUGGCUCAACUGACAAAGCUACCAUCGUCACAGCAACACCACAUGAUGCAGUCAUUACGACCGAAGAGGGAGUGACUUUCCGCCGUCAUCUUGACCGUCUGCAAGUGGAUCCGACGGAGGUAGUAGCAACAGCUACUCCGCUAGAUUCCACAGUUCCAUCAGCUCCCGGCAGUCCAACGGCCGCAACACCUAGUACUGUUCCGCCAGCUGCUGGCCGUCCGCAGCGUACGACUCGAAAGCCAAGUCGUUAUCAGUAG